UCAGUCAAGUUCGCCGAGUUCUUCAGAAUUUCUUUAUCUUUGAACCAUGUUUCAGUGUAGAAGAACUUCGAUCCUAAUAAGCAAGGACAUUUGUUAUCGACCGUAUGAAAAACGAACAAUGAAAGAGCUACGUAUUAUGUUUCAACAGAUGUACCAUCGUAAAACAAAAAUUAGCAAUGAAGUUGUCGAAUUAGACUGGGUUCUUCUGUACACAGUAUGUGAAAGAGUUCUGUUUACUGAAUUCCAUAACAAUAUGAUUAUUUCGUCUUACAGAUGGCUGGAUCGUUUACAACAUAUCUCGUAAUCCUUUUUCAGUUUGACUUAGCGAAUUUCAAUGGUCUGUAGUAUCCGUGGCUUCCUGGACCUUUGGUAAUAUAACGCAAAAUUAGAACUGGUGAAUUUAAUCCAAGUAAAAGGGAGGAGUAGUAAUUGAUGACAGUUGCCCUUUAGAUCGAAUGCGGCAAAGUAAUGUGCAUACCAUCAAUUAGUUAUUACGUCUAUCAAUUAAACUACAGCAAUGCCACUUCACGCAUUGACUCUACGAACGCCCAUUGUUCACCAUGCGUUGGUUCAAAGUGCACAAUUAUUUCGAAUCCCUCCGACCGUUAUACUUAGCUAUAAAGCUGCUUCACUUCCACUUUGAAACAAUCGAUUUCAGUACACAAACGCUACAUCGAACACUAACCGAUCAGUUUCGCUUUGUCUUCACCCUUCUGUUGGACUGUUACCUCGUUUACAAAGGUAUACAGAGCACGUCGACCUAUUUCUACCUGACGGAUUCCAACAUAGUUAACGUAGGAUGCUUCUCGGCGUUUAUCCUAGUCUUUUUGUUCAGUCUCUUUAUGGCCCCAAAGUAUCGACUCAGAACUCAGGGUAUGUUUGAAAUUCUGGCAAACAUCGCGGAGCUCGACGGGCAGCUGAGAUCCUUAGGGCUCCACAUCGAUCACCAGAGACACCAUUUUAUAUCCACCGUGAGCGCAGGGCUCUGGAUGACCAUGGGUCUAUUUGUUCUUAUAAUCACUGGAACCAAUCGCACCAACGAAGAUUGGCUCGAUUUGUCGGAGAUGUUCCCUGACUGGAUAUCGAUAUUGGCCAUGUGCCGAUCAGCAACUAGCCUUGGCAUAUUCACGUGUUACAUCACUAUGACCUUAUAUUCGCUAAAAACCGGUUUCGAUCAGCUACACCAAGCGAUUGCGAAACACCUUAACACUACACCCCAAGCGAUCAAUCGCAUCCCACGAACCUCUCGCCAAACAUGUCAAGUUGUUCAGAGGAUCGCAAGUUUACACGAUCUACUGAGCGAUACAGUAGAACUGUUCAACGAGUGCUACUAUACCCAAGUAGUGCACGCCCUGACUGCCGCCUUCAAUUUCACCAUCUUUUCCAUAUUCAGUGUGAUCCAUUCGAAUGCCGGUCAAACGGACGAAGUCACGCUUCGGGUAACGUGGGUCAACGCCAUGUUCGAUGGAUUCUUUGUGGUGUACACACUGCAGCUGAUCGUGGCGGCCAGUAUCGUCAACGAAACAGUACAUGAUAUAAUACGUUCGAACCUUGCUUCUUUACCUAUUUGGAUCUCAUUGCAGUGUAAGCGGUCGUCGGUAAUGAUCCAUAAGGCUGCAGCAUAUGGAAGGCACGAUCGACGGGUCGUCAAAGAGUUGGGGACUUUCUCGUAUCAACUGUACCAUCACACGCCGAAAGUCUCUUGCAGAUUGUUCGAUCUGGAUUGGACGCUGUUGUACACGAUGGCUGGAUCUUUUGCUACAUAUCUGGUGGUACUUUUGCAGUUUGAUCUGGCCAAUCUGAACGGUAUUUAACGUGAAGGUGCAUCGCGCUUACUUCCAACACAGAUAAUUGCUACUCGGCGUUUCCUACGAGUAAUUCGGCAAACCGCUAAAAUGAUCAAUCACGCAUUAUUUCUACUUUAUUUCUAUACAAAAAUUACCUAAACAUUAUUGAAUUAAAUUGUAAAACAAGCUCCUUUCUGUGUGAAGUUACCCGAAAUCUCUUAUCUGCGUUUUACCAUAUGUUUCCGAAUUAAAUGACUUCAUUUCCACAAAACAUUCUUCCUAUUUUGCGGGAAAUGGAACAGGUUAAACAAAUUCCUCAAAAACCUCAAAUUAAUUUCUUUCCAUAGUUACGAAUCAUAUCCUACCCGUGAAGCCUCGAGGUCUACUCCUUCAGCCUUUCGAUGUCGAUAACUGAUCCGAAAAAUCAAGAAGCAUUUAAAUAAAUAUCCUUGAUUCAAAUAGGUCUUACAACUCGUCCGAAAAAAACCAAGUGCCUAAAACGAUUUGCCGGUAGGGGGAGAUCCCCCAGUACCGGACAAAGU